CAUGAACCACGUACACUUUGGGGGGAGGGGGGUUCUGGCCAAAGUCAAUGCUCCAUUCAAAUUUCAAAAUUUUUGUAUGGACAAAAGUCUGCGAGGGGGAAGGGGGUCUGAGAUUGCCAAAUUUUGGUCUACGUGGUUUAUGAACAGCCCCUUACAUCGUCCAACUAAUAAUUGUAUUUGUAUUCAUUCCAUAUAGGCUCUGUGGUUCCACCCUCACGCGCGAGGCAAAAAUCAACACGCAGGUCGGAUCCAUUACCGAAUGGAGUAUCUGUCGAGGACGAACAAAGAUCGACCAACAUCGUCUAGACGCCUCCAUCCGGUUCCGGAACCACAGGAAUCAAAUGAUGCCGACAACACUAAAAUCGUCCACUCAACUGAUGAUAUCGUUGAAGCUGAAAGAGAGCUUCGUUUCAUUGUACCAACACCACAGACGAAAUCUCAUGUUAUCGAGUUGUGGAACACUACGUUUGAGCAACGUCAAAAGUACCGCUCUGAGGACCGUUUUUACCCAUUUGCCCAAGAGUGCCCUGUAUUCACCGCCUAUGAUGGAGAGUUGAUCUCUUUGGAUUUUAACAAAAUCAAACCAUCUUCGAAAUCAUUCUUGGAAAAUUGGGAUACAAUUGAGAGAAACGUUUCUUCGGCUUAUCGUGAGCUCUACAAAGAACUGAAAAAUGAUUUCGUUCGAACACUCGCCAUAAUACGCCUGAAGAAUCCAUCCCGAGGAUCUAAAAGAGUUCGAGAUGAAGAAGCUAGUCGUCGAAACCCGUUGAAGGGCAUCGUGCAAUGGAUUAAUGUUAGUUCAAUAUUAUGCCAAUAUUUUGCAUGUAUUAAACAUAAAAUUUUCUUUCAGGCUGAUGACGACUUUCCAUCACAUGGCGAUCAAAACAGUACGCCAAUACUGUACGCGAGGGGCACAAUGUUUGAGGAUUCAACUGAUUGCGCCAUUGUUUGGGGAAACAUAGUUUUCCCUCUACUCGUGAACAUUAAAUCAGGCUUCUCGAUCUUGAUGAAGAGUUUGUACGUUUUCAAUGUUUCGGGAGCCGCAUGCGAUAAACAGUUUUACUUGUUUAUUGCUGGAGCGGUACUUGGUAUCGAGCAACUAAGUACUACUGGGUUGAAAUUUUUGCACUCGGUGACGUAAGGUCGAUUUGGACCCCGUCCCAUACCUGUAUAUGGUUUAUGAAUUAAUUUCUGCUGUUAUUUGUUGAAAAGAAACAUCCUGAUAUUUCCAACUGCAAAUCCAGGUUGACACGGUUUUCAACAGUUUGAAUUCGAACAAAUGCGUUUAUUUUGUAUGUACAUUUGAUAAUUUUAAGAAAAUAAAUGUUCAAAACGAAAAAAAAAGCGAAUAUAUGAUAAUUUUGAUAUUUAGUCUGAUUUUAAUCAGUAAACAUGCAGUUUACCGAUAAACAUUAGAAUAAAUAUUCCAAUUACAAAAAAAAACCGAAAGACAAAAAAAAAAAUAUUUUCACAAAAAAACUGCGAAACUUUAGAAAAUUCACCGAAUAGUUCGGUGAACCACAAAAAAAUCCUAAUGAAAAAUCACCGUAAAUUUGUAGAAAAAUCACCGAACGUUUUGUGAAACUUACAAAAAUAAACAAAGGCUUCACAGAAAAUCUGUAAAACAAAUCACCGAACUGUUCGGUGCAUUUGACAAAUGAGCAUUUUAAUUUUUACAGAUCGUUCGGUGAAUCAAAAUUUCACCGAACAGUUUACCGAAAAAUCUGCUGUUGAGAUUUCGGUGAAAUUUCACAGAAUUCUGUGAUUUAUUCUUAGU